CCGAUCGUCAUGGGACCCAUUGGGUAUAUACAAAUUCUUCUUCAGCCUCAACCUUUCCACAUCGGGCAAUCUAAUCUAUAUGGAGCCUUGUGCCGGUACGGAAUACGGACACUGACUACUAUGGAAGAACCGUGACUCAAGGCGCAGGAUCUCCGCUAAGGCCCUUAGUUCCUUGGCUUUGGUUCCUGGACCAAUGCUAAGCUUCCGGUGUAAUUUCACUUACUUUUUUGACUUUUUGAGGUUCGUAUUUGGGUGCUAAAAUGGGGGUCUACAGGGUCUUUGCGGUUAGGCUGAGCCUUGCAGAGUCUGCCUGGCGGUGUAUAUAAGGAUCAGGGUCUCAGGGUUUUUGUUCGGAAUUUUCUCAGCCAGACAGACACGGUCAAUUGAAAUCCUCCUACAUCAAUAUAACGAAUCAUCCAAACACCAUCAACAUGAAGUCCUACAUCCCCAUCCUGGCCCUAGCCACCACCGCCCUCUCCCAAACAACCACCCUCAAAGUCUUCGACGCCGGCGAAUCCGCCCUCCCCCUAACCGACAUCGCCGCCAGCGUCGUCAAAGUCAACGCCCUCGAAACAAUCCUCGCCCUAAACUGCGCCCCCAACGCCACAGCAUCCGUCUGCCCCCUUGAAACCCCCUUCACUCUAACCUACGGCCCCUCCACCGCAACCCUCAACGCCGCCUACGCCACCAAUACCCGCGGCGUGCAGGCUAAAAUGUCCCUCCUCGAGGGCUGCGACAUCGUUUCGUCGACGCAGGGCGCGUCGUGCUCCAUGUCUAUGGUUGUGGGGAUGAGUGUGCGGGGUGUUUCGACGUCGACGACUACUAGUACGACUACGUCGUAUGGGUCGGAGGAUAUUACGUAUCGCGAUUUGGCGGUUACCGCGGGUGUGAGCAAGUUGACUGCGCCGGAGGCUACGCAGACACCUGAGGGGGGUGCUGUUCCGGGGGCUGUUGUUAAUGGGAAGGGGAUUGGGGGGCUGGCGGCGGCGGCUGUUGCGGCGGCUGCUAUGUUUGUCUAAGCUUAUGCUUAUGCUUAUGCUUAUACGUAACGGAUGCAUUUUGGCUAUGAGCCCGCGGUGAUGUUUUGUUUUGAUUUCUACUGAAAAUAAUCCGCUUUUAUACCCUUGUCAAAUAUAUACCAAUUUGGUUAAUACACACAAAAGAAAUUGUUCACUAUCUUGUGCGUAGAUAUAUCUCAGAUAUAACCUGCCUCUGCCCUCAAACUGCACCCGUGGAUGAUCUCCGAAUUCGAGUCAUAUUGCCAAAACUUUAUGGAAAACCGUGUAAGAGUCCGAAGCUACCCCCGAGCAUACAGACUAAUCUCUCUCCUUUCAGUACUGGGAAAAGGCCUUGAGCGCCUAAUAGCCUGCAGAAUGGCAUGGAUUGCUAUUAAA